AUGAAUUCACUUCCAUUGAAUGACGAACACAUUGAUGGACCUGCCCCUGUAGCUGAUGAUGUUGCCAUGGCUGAAUCAAAUCAUGCUUCUGAUAUUCAAGAUAGGCUAGAACUGGAUGGUGUUGAUAAACCAACAAAUAAACGUCAACGAAGGUUCACCUCAAAAGUAUGGGGAAACUAUACUUUUCUUAAAGAACCAAGUCCAGAAGGAUUGCUGAGAUGCGAAAGUAAGAAAUGCAUUGAAAGCUUGUAG